CCGAGAGAGGGACAGGUUGGUAGCUAAGCUUUGGUUGUGUUUAUUUCCCUCGCUUCGUCUUCUUCGGGUGAAGAGCUGAUUCCUCAAUUUUACCUCCAAGUACGAUUCGUCGUGUUCUUCGUUCUGAUACUAGAAGCAAUCAGAUUAUCAACAAACGGUUCGUGUCGAGUUCCAAUCUUUUUCGGAUACGUUUCCCGGUAAUCGCUAGUGCAACCAAUACUUCCAUUGUCAUCGAACUUCAAUUUUAGGGUUUCUUUCGAUGUAAUAAUUAUCUGGACGGAUGAGUGGAGAUUAAUUUGAUUGGCAAAAAAAUAGUAAUUGCUGAUUAAUUCAAUAACUAGAUGGCAAGUAACGGCGGUGAGGACGCCGAUGCCGUGCUCAGCGACGUGGAGGGGGAUGAUCUGGUGCCAAUUGUGACUAAGAAUCCUUCUCCUGAUGAAAUAUCCGUGGAGAGGUUCCGCGAACUUCUAACGGAGCUCGAUCGCGAGCGAGCGGCUCGUGAGGCGGCGGAGAAUUCGAAAUCGGAGCUGCAGGUGUCGUUCAAUCGGUUGAAGACGCUUGCUCAUGAGGCUAUCAAGAAGCGCGACGAGUGUUCGAGGCAGAGAGACGAGGCCUUGCGUGAGAAAGAGGAGGCUUCGAGAUUGAAUGAGAGGAGCUCGGUGGAGUUGGCGGAAGCGAAUAGAAUGAAAGACGAGGUUCUGAAGGAAAGAGACGAUAUGAGUAGGCAAUUAGACGAGGCGGUGAAAGCCAGGGAGUCUCUGCAGUCUGAAAUUGAGAAUUCAAGUCAUAUGCUUGGGAGUGGAAUCGAUAAGAUAUCUGGUAAAGUAAUCAACUUCAAGAAUUUCACGGCUGGUGGACUGCCCAGGUCACAGAAAUAUACCACAGGUCUGCCAGCAGUGACUUAUGGUGUUAUAAAGAGGACUAACGAGAUUGUCGAGGAGCUUCUUAGACAGAUUGAUUCCACCACGAAAUCCAGAAAUGAAGCGAGAGAACAGAUGGAUCAGAGGAACUAUGAGAUAGCAAUUGAGGUUUCUCAGCUUGAAGCCACCAUCAGUGGUUUAAGAGAAGAGGUGGAGAAGAAAAGUUCCUUGAUUGACAAUAUGGAGAGAAGUAUUAUGGAAAAGGAUGGCAAGAUAAAUGAGACUGAAAAGGAGAUGUUGGAGAAGAUUCAUUCCCUGGAGAAUGAGGUUUUGGGGCUUAGGGAAUUUUCUGGCAAAUAUGAUAAUAAGUUGAGGAAUUUGGAAUCUAAGAUUGAAUCACAUAGGCCUUUGUUGAUUGAUCAAUUGAGUUUUGUUUCGAAAAUUCAUGACCAGAUGUAUGAAGUUAUAAAGAUAGUUGAUGCAACUGAUCAUUCAGAAUUGUCGGAAUCCUUAUUUCUGCCACAGGAAACAGACGUGGAAGAAAAUGUACGUGCUUGUUUAGCAGGGUUGGAAUCUAUUUAUGAGUUGGCAAGAGGAGUUGUUGAAAAAACUAGGGGUUUAGUAGAGGAGAACCGUCGUGAAGCAAAGGGUUUGAAGGAAACAGUGGGUCGAUUAGUCAAGGAGAAAGAGCAUAUCGGUUCGUUACUUAGGAGUGCUUUGUCAAAGAAAAUGACAUUAGAUCCUUCUUCUAAGACAAAUGAGCUGUUUACAGCUGCUGAGAAUGGUUUAAGAGAGGCUGGGAUAGAUUUUAAAUUUAACAAGCUUCUUGGAGAUGGACAAACUCCAUAUCCUCAUCUUAGCACAGAUUCUCCAGAGACAGAGGAUGAAAUAUACACUUUGGCUGGUGCCCUGGAAAAUAUUGUCAAGGCUUCUCAACUUGAGAUAAUUGAGCUGCAGCAUUCUGUGGAGGAAUUACGGGCAGAGUCAAGUUUAGUUAAAGCGCAUGUAGAGGCUCAAGCCAAGGAUCUCACUGAUAGGAUCCACCAAAUAGAGGAACUUGAAGAGAAGGAAAGAGUGGCGAAUGAAAGUGUUGAAGGGCUUAUGAUGGACAUUGCUGCCACUGAAGAAGAAAUUGCGAGAUGGAAAGUUGCAGCAGAGCAGGAGGCUGCUGCUGGGCGAGCUGUUGAGCAGGAGUUUGUAGCACAGUUUUCAGCACUUAAACAGGAACUUGAAGAAGCGAGGCAGGCCAUGUUGGAUUCAGAGAAGAAAUUGAGAUUCAAAGAAGAGACAGCAGCGGCAGCCAUGGCAGCAAGAGAUGCAGCUGAAAAAUCAUUGAGACUGGCAGACCUGAGAGCAUCCAGGCUGAGAGAAAGGGUAGAGGAGCUCAGCCAUCAGCUUGAAGAGUUUGAAAACAGAGAAGAUUCCAGGGGUCGACAUGGCCCUAGAUAUAUAUGUUGGCCAUGGCAGUGGCUGGGGCUGGACUUUGUAGGCUCUUAUAGGCCUGACACCCACCAACAGAGUUCAAAUGAAAUGGAGCUUUCUGAACCCCUUUUCUGAUUAUAAUCUUUCACCUUCUUUCUUGUAUUUAGUAUGAACUUCCAAAUUACUAAUUCCUCAAAUUGUAGGUUAUGGCACUUCCAUUCUUCAAGGCUCCCUUGUUAGCAGAACUUGUUUCAUCUCUGAGGUCUUGCAGCAAUUGCUUUGGUUGGUUUACUUAUACGUCAUAUGGCAGUGACGGUCGGCUGAAGUGAACUUUUGAUUCUAUCUUUUACUGUGUGCGUUGCUCCUUUUUGUUAUCAAUUGUUUCAAGCUAUUAAUUUAUAUAACCACCAAAGCCGUGUGGAAUCUAUACA